AUGGCCAACACAGGAUCUUUCAUUUCUCAUGCUCUUCUUAUGGAUGUCCCCUUUUUUGCCAUCUUGAAGCCUGUGGUGCCUGCCAGGAACAGGACUUCUACAACAACAAAUGUGUCUGGGAGGCUGUGGUCCAAGGCCACCUUUGCUGGUCUCCGGAACCAGAGGGAACACACAGCUCUCUUUAAAAUUGAAGGUGUUUAUGCUCGAGAUGAAACUGAAUUCUAUCUAGGAAAGAGAUGUGCUCAUGUGUACAAAGCAAAGAACACAGUGACUCCUGGUGGUAAACAAAACAAAACCAGAAUCAUCUGGGGAAAGGUAACUGGUGCGCAUGGAAACAGUGUGGUUCGUGCUACAUUCUGAAGCAACCUUCCUGCUAAGGCCAUUGGACACAGAACCCAUGUAACGCUGUACCCCUCGAGGACUUAAACUUAUCGAUAAAUAACAACCCUGACUGUGUGGCUCGGUUGGGGGUCCUCUGGCAAAGCAAAGGAUUCUGGGUUGGGGGACAUGGCUGAGUUGCAGGUUCAGUCCCUGGUCAAGAUGCAAAGGGGAGCCAACUAAUGAGUGUUUCUCUCACACGUCUAUAGUUCUCAUCUCCUUUUUCUCCCUCCCUCCCCUCUCAAAUAAGUAAAUAAAAUCUAUUUUAAAGAGUAAA